AUGUUUGGACCUCCACCAUUUGGACCUGGUUGCCCGCCACCGCCACUAUGCCCCCCCCCCUUCCCUCGACCGCCUUUCCCGCCACCUUGCCCCCCACCACCUUUGUGCCCGCCACCUCCUAUCUGUCGACCGCCACCUCCACCUCCACCUCCACCUCCACCAGUAGUGGUACCACCAAAGCCGCCUCCACCGCCGACUAAGCCGCCUCCACCUCCACCUCCACCUCCACCAGUAGUGGUACCGCCAAAGCCGCCACCACCGCCAACUAAGCCGCCUCCUACUAAUCCGCCGCCAACUAAACCACCGCCGACUAAACCGCCUCCUACUAAUCCGCCGCCGACUAAACCGCCUCCUACUAAUCCGCCGCCAACUAAUCCGCCUCCUACCAAGCCUCCACCGACUAAGCCUCCUCCCGUUUGUCCACCACCAACAAAGCCACCACCAACUAACCCUCCUCCCGUUUGUCCACCACCAACAAUCCCACCACCAACUAACCCUCCUCCCGUUUGCCCACCACCGACUAACCCACCACCAACUAUUCCUCCACCAACUAUCCCUCCUCCCGUUUGUCCACCACCAACAAUCCCUCCUCCCGAAUGCCCGCCACCGACUAUCCCUCCACCAACUAUCCCUCCUCCCGUUUGUCCACCACCAACAAUCCCUCCUCCCGUUUGUCCACCACCGACUAACCCUCCACCGACUAAUCCGCCGCCAACUAAUCCGCCUCCUACCAAGCCUCCACCGACUAAGCCUCCUCCCGUUUGUCCACCACCAACAAAGCCACCACCAACUAACCCUCCUCCCGUUUGUCCACCACCAACUAUCCCACCACCAACUAUCCCUCCUCCCGUUUGUCCACCACCGACCAACCCUCCUCCCGUCUGUCCGCCACCGACCAAGCCUCCUCCCGAGUGCCCGCCAACAACCAAGCCUCCUCCCGUUUGUCCGCCACCGACCAAGCCUCCUCCCGAGUGCCUGCCACCAACUAACCCUCCUCCCGUUUGUCCGCCACCAACUAACCCUCCUCCCGUUUGUCCACCACCAACAGCAUGCCCACCUCCAACUAAUCCUCCUCCUCUCGAAUGUCUGCCUCUAGACAAGCCUAUCCCCAGCAAGGAGUGUCCAGUUUCGGAAAAACCCUACCCAACAUUACCGGGCUCGCCUCUCCCUGGAACAGAUACCAAGCCCACUGAUGGAAUGCCAACAACCAAACCGACCUCUGGUUCUAUUAGUACUACCGUUCCCGAUACAAAGACGAAUGGAACGAUAGCUGUCGGUCUCGGCGUUGGUACUACCGCUGCAGGAAGCAAAAAUACUUCGGAAACUGCGACAGACACUAGUGGGGACCUCGUCGAUUCUCUCGGCGAUAAACUCUCCACCAAAUGCUUGUACAAAAUCCGUUUCGCUGACGGCUCAGAGCUUGGUUUUAGUCAUCUCGGGUUAGGCAGUGACAUUGGCCACGUCCUACUCGCCACUCCCCGUAAGAGCAAUAGUGGAGCCGUCUUCUCCAUCGGAGGUACAUGGAAAUCAGGAAGUGUGGGAUAUCUAAAAGGGAAGUGUUCUGGAUUGGAUGGGAAGAGCAUGAGCAUGACGAUGUCUCUGUCAUCCACUGGCGUGCUUACGUGGUGGAAUUACACCGAUCCUAAGAACGAAACCGGGGCUUCAUACGGGUUUACAGCUAGGCAAAUGCCUAAUCGGAGGAUCGCAUUGUACGGGUAUGAUGAGAAACACAAAGAAUGCGGGCUGGUAGUGGUGGGAGACCAUAUCAGUAAGGAUCCCAGUAAUCUCGGUGUUGCACUAGAUUGUUACUUUGUUAGGGUUACGGCUAUCUAG